GCCCCUUAUCGUAUGGCGCCGAAGGAGCUGCAAGAGCUCAAGGCCCAAAUUCAGGAGUUGCUCAAGCUCGGUUUCAUUCGUCCGAGUGUUUCUCCGUGGGGUGCGCCCGUCCUAUUCGUGAAGAAGAAAGACGGAUCUAUGCGUAUGUGCAUUGACUAUCGGGAGUUGAACGCCCUUACAGUCAAGAACAAGUACCCCCUUCCCCGUAUCGAGGACCUUUUCGACCAGCUGAGAGGAGCCAGUGUUUUCUCGAAGAUUGAUUUGCGUUCUGGCUAUCAUCAGCUGAAGAUCCGAGAGUCUGAUAUUUCCAAGACUGCCUUCCGUACUCGCUAUGGCCACUAUGAGUUCGUUGUCAUGCCCUUCGGACUCAGUAAUGCCCUGGCCGUCUUCAUGGACCUUAUGAAUAAGGUCUUUCAUCCGUUCCUGGACCAAUUCGUCAUCGUGUUCAUCGACGACAUUCUGGUCU